AUGUCUACAGAUUAUACCUACGAUGAACAGGGUCAAUUCUUCCCGUUCUUCGUUUUGACGUUGACUGGUCUUGUCACUCUACCCUUGACAUACAAUCUCCUGAAACCGCCGAAAGAACUCGAAAAUACCGCUCCCCGAAUACGGUCCAACUUCAAACCCGAACAUGAAGACUUAAUUGAGGCUCAGAAGCGGAAACGCCUCCGUAAGGAGCGCCGCAUCAAGCGCAUAGUUACUGUCGUUUUGGGAUACACUAUCAUGGCGUAUAUGGCCUACUUGAUUAUGGUUACUGCCCGCGCAUCGCCGAAGAUCUGGGAUCCCUAUGACAUCUUGGGUGUCUCGAGGAGCGCCGACGAGCGGGCGAUCUCCAAACACUACAAGCGUCUUUCUCUCAUCUACCACCCCGACAAGAUCCGGCCUGAUCCCGCCAAGAAUGAAACCGUCGAGAUGCUCAACGAACGUUUCGUGGAACUCACCAAGGCCUACAAAGCCCUAACCGACGAAGAAGUGCGCAAUAACUACCUUCAAUAUGGACAUCCAGAUGGCAAGCAGAGCUUCAGCAUCGGUAUUGCUCUUCCGCAAUUCAUCGUCACGGAAGGAAAUGGAAAAUAUGUUCUUCUUGUUUACGGUUGCUUGCUUGGUGUGCUGCUGCCUUACAUUGUCGGAAAAUGGUGGUAUGGCUCCCAGCGAUACACCAAGGAAAGAGUUUACGUCGCUAGCGCGGGUAACAUCUUCCGAGAGUACAAAGACGAUAUCACAGAUGGUGGAAUUGUUAAUGCGCUUUCUUCCGGUGAUGAAUUCAAAGAGGUCAUCCCAGCUCAAAAGGCUGAGUCGGGCUUGGCGAAACUUGAGCAAAAAGUACUUGCUGAAGGCAACAAGUUCCUCUCUGAGCAAGGCCGGGAAGUCAUCAAGAGUCUAGACGAUAUCAGCAGAAGGAAGGCUUUGGCCUUGUUGUGGGCUUAUUUGGGUCGUGUUGAAUUGGAUGACGCUACGCUGAACGGAGAAAAGUACGAAGUCGCACCAAUUGCUCUGCGCUUGAAUGAAGCAUUCACUGCCGUUUCUCUCGCUUUUGGCAAUCUUCGACCUCUUCUUGGGUCCUUCCGCACGUCUCAGAACCUGAUCCAAGCUGUUGCGCCGGGAUCAUCUCCUCUCCUUCAACUUCCUCACUUCACAGACAAAGUUGUGCGGUCAGUAGAGGGCGAAGAUGUCAAGAACCAUUUCACUGUCCAGAAGUUCAUGAAGAUGUCAGAGGAUAAGCGACGUUCCCUCACAGUUGGAGCUGGUCUUCUUUCCGAACAGCAGUACACGGCUGCCAUCACCGUUGCCAAACAGCUGCCCGUUCUUCAGAUCUCCAAGGCCUGGUUCAAGGUGAUGGGCGAGAAAGUGAUCACUCCCAGCAGUUUGGUCCAGCUUGUUGUGAAGGCCCGAUUCAUUCCGCCUGGAUCUUCAAAUGUCCCUGAAGCAGACCCCGCUGAUCUCGAAGACAUCGAUCCCGAGGAGGGUGACCUGGACGCACUCAUGGGUCGCGGGCCCUCCCGAAACCGGUCAGUGAAAUUCGCAGACGGCCAAAACAACACCAACACCAACAAGAAGGUUCAACCGCCUCUCGCCAAUGCACCAUACCUUGCGCUCGAUCACUCUCCACGAUGGCAGAUCUUCCUUGCCGACGGCAAGCAGGGCAAAAUCGCCGUUCCCCCGUUCAUUUUCACCACUUUUGAGAAGCCCUUGUUCGACGAAUCAGGCAACCCUACGUACAAUGUUCAGACCCUUAGGAUGCAGUUCCAGGCACCUCCUCAAGUCGGGGACUUCCACUUCGUCAUGCAUAUGGUUUGCGACAGCUACAUCGGCCUCGAUUCCCAGCUCGACAUCACCCUCCACAUCGAUGAUCCAGCCAAGGCAGCUGCUCUGGAGGAAGAAGAUGAUAUCAGUGAACCCGAUGAGGACUCAAUAGCCGGCCAGAUGCAGGCGCUGAAGACCGGUCAGCCACCAAAGAAGGCCAAGAAGCCCGCAGACUCCAGCGAGGAGGAGAGCGACACCGAAGGCGACGAAGAAGAUACCAGCGACACAAACACCGAAACUGAUGUUGACGACUAA